UUUCCGUACUGAGAAGGCAAACUGAUUUCUCUUAGUGGAUUGGCAUGACAGAACACAUUUCCUAAGGGUUUAUUCACUUCGGUUACUUUUAAUGUUUUCUUUGCUCAACCCUGAUGAUAAGACAGAGAAAGAAAUAAACCCUCCUAACAUACAAAACAUUUCGUAGAAGGAGUAAAAUCUUUCAAAUGGAGUAUGUGUAACAGUGCAAGAGAUAGUAACAGUGGAAAGGAAAUUCCAUGGAUCUGUAGGCUACUGUAAGUAGUUGGAAUGUCGCUGACCAAUUUCCUGUGCAAAAAGAAAAGUUAUAAAGAGGAAGAAAGGCACUUAAGAGCAAAUGACAGACAAUUCAAUCUGCAAUUUCAGUAUGCGACAAAUGCAAUUAAGACUUCAAAGUACAAUAUUUUCACAUUCCUGCCCCUCAACCUUUUUGAACAAUUUCAAAGACUAGCAAAUGCAUAUUUUUUAUUCCUUUUGAUACUACAGCUCAUUCCCCAAAUCUCUUCUUUGUCUUGGUUUACCACUGUGGUUCCCCUUGUUCUGGUGUUAUCAGUUACAGCUGCCAAGGAUGCUAUCGAUGAUGUUAAUCGACAUAAAAGUGACAACCAGGUCAACAACCGUCAAGCUCAAGUCCUCAUCAAUGGACAGCUAGAGAAUGAAAAAUGGAUGAAUGUCCAAGUGGGAGAUGUUGUCAAACUUGAAAACAACCAGUUUGUAACGGCAGAUUUACUGUUGUUGUCCAGCAGUGAGCCAUAUAGUCUGAUAUACAUAGAAACUGCUGAGCUUGAUGGAGAAACCAAUUUGAAGGUGAAACAAGCAUUAACAGUUACAGGUGAUAUGGGAGAAGAUAUUAAACAACUGUCAGCUUUUGAUGGUGAGAUCAGGUGUGAGCCCCCCAAUAACAAGCUGGACAAAUUCACUGGGACACUAAUGUACAAAGAUCAGAAAUAUUCUUUGGACAAUGAGAAAAUACUACUGAGAGGCUGCACUUUAAGAAAUACAGAAUGGUGCUUUGGUCUUGUGAUCUUUGCAGGUCCGGAUACAAAAUUAAUGCAAAACAGUGGAAGAACAACACUUAAGCGUACGAGCAUAGACCGACUAAUGAAUGUUCUCGUGUUAUGGAUCUUUGGAUUUUUGGCCUUCAUGUGUAGUUGUCUGUCCAUUGGCAACUCUGUGUGGGAAUACAAAGUGGGAUACUAUUUUAAAAUCUUUCUCCCUUGGCCUGAAGAUGUUUCUAAUUCCUCUUUCUCUGGAUUCCUCAUGUUUUGGUCAUAUGUUAUCAUCCUAAAUACCGUUGUGCCAAUUUCUUUAUAUGUAAGUGUGGAGAUUAUACGCUUGGGUAAUAGCUUCUACAUUAACUGGGACAGAAAAAUGUACUACCCAAAGAAAGAUACCCCAGCAGAAGCCCGCACAACAACAUUAAAUGAAGAGCUUGGCCAGAUAAGGUAUAUUUUCUCAGACAAAACAGGAACCCUCACACAAAACAUCAUGACAUUCAACAAAUGCUCCAUUAAUGGCAAAACAUAUGGUGAUGUAUUUGAUUUUGCUGGACAAAGACUUGAAAUUACUGAGAAGACAGAAAAGGUUGACUUUUCAUUUAAUCCACUAGCAGAUCCAAAGUUUGUGUUCCAUGAUCAUGGUUUAGUGGAAGCUGUGAAACUAGGCGAUCCUGCUGUCUGUGAAUUUUUCCGUUUGCUUUCUCUUUGCCAUACUGUGAUGCCAGAGGAAAAACAAGAAGGAAACCUGUUAUAUCAAGCCCAGUCUCCAGAUGAGGGCGCUCUGGUCACUGCUGCUCGAAACUUUGGAUAUGUGUUCCGUUCCCGUACACCAGAGACCAUUACAGUUGUCGAAAUGGGGGAAACCAGAACAUAUGAGUUGCUUGCUAUUCUGGAUUUUAACAAUGUGCGGAAAAGGAUGUCUGUCAUAGUUCGGAAUCCAGAAGGUAGACUGACAUUGUACUGUAAGGGGGCUGACACAAUAAUCUAUGAGCGUCUAGAGCUAUCCUGCCAGCAGCUGAUGGACACAACAACAGAACAUCUCAAUGAGUUUGCUGGAGAUGGUUUAAGAACACUGGUUUUAGCAUAUAAAGACCUGGAUCAUAAGUAUUUUGAAACUUGGAAACAGCAGCAUUUUGAAGCAAGUACAGCCCUGGAAGACAGAGAAGAUAAACUCUCAGAACUGUAUGAAGAAAUUGAAAAGGACUUGAAGUUACUAGGUGCUACAGCAAUUGAAGACAAGCUACAAGAUGGUGUCCCUCAUACUAUAGAAAAGCUAUCUCAAGCAGGCAUUAAGAUUUGGGUACUGACAGGAGACAAACAAGAAACGGCUGUGAACAUUGGCUACUCCUGUAACAUGCUGAGCGAUGAUAUGAAAGGCAUUUUUAUUGUUGCUGGACAUUCUGCUAGUGAAGUGUUGGAAGAGCUGAGGAAUGCAAGAUUAAAAAUGAAGCCUGAAUCAUUUAAUGAUGAUGAUGAGGUCAACAUCCAACUGACAAAGCCUCAAAAGAAAUAUAAGAAGUCUGUAGUGUUGCCCGAAGAGACUGUUGAAGAGGAAUAUGGCUUGGUUAUAAAUGGACACAGUCUGGCAUACGCUCUAGAAGAAAAUACAGAAGUGGAGUUGCUACGGACAGCAUGCAUGUGUAAGACUGUCAUCUGCUGUCGUGUCACCCCACUGCAGAAGGCUCAGGUGGUAGAGCUGGUGAAGAAGUACAAGAAGGCUGUCACUCUAGCCAUUGGGGAUGGUGCAAAUGAUGUUAGCAUGAUCAAAACUGCUCAUAUUGGGGUUGGAAUAAGUGGACAAGAAGGAAUGCAAGCAGUUCUGUCCAGUGACUUCUCCUUUGCUCAGUUUCGUUACCUGCAACGUCUAUUGUUAGUUCAUGGAAGAUGGUCCUACAUUCGCAUGUGCAAGUUUCUCAGAUACUUUUUCUACAAAAAUUUUGCCUUCACACUUGUACACUUCUGGUAUGGUGGCUUCUGUGGAUUUUCAGCUCAGACUGUCUAUGAUGAAUGGUACAUUACUUUGUACAAUCUAGUCUACACCUCUCUGCCAGUGCUCGGUAUGAGUCUUUUUGACCAGGAUGUGAAUGACCGCUGGAGUCUUGAAUUUCCAAAGUUGUAUAAACCGGGGCAGCAGAAUAUAUAUUUCAACAAGAAGGAGUUUGUGAAAUGUGUGCUGCAUGGAAUUUAUAGUUCAAUUAUUCUAUUCUUCAUACCGUAUGGGGCAAUGUAUGACUCAGUAAGGGAUGAUGGAAGAACUGUUUCAGACUACCAGUCUUUCGCAUUAAUGGCUCAAACAUGUUUGCUUGUGGUUGUUUCUGUACAGAUUGGUUUGGACACUGCCUACUGGUCAGCUGUUAACCAGUUUUUCAUCUGGGGGAGCCUGGCAGCUUACUUUGCUAUAACUUUCACCAUGUACAGCGAUGGAAUGUAUCUAAUCUUCAAAAAAUCAUUUCCUUUCAUUGGAAGUGCAAGAAAUACUCUAAGUCAGCCAAGAACAUGGCUCGCUAUCUUCCUUACCAUCAUUCUAUGUGUACUUCCAGUGAUUACGUAUCGAUUUAUCAAGUCUGUGCUGAUGCCAUCCUACAGUGACAAAGUUCGUUACAAAAUAAGCCAGGCGAAGAAAGGGCCACCGCCGCAAGUGUACAGAAGACGUAUACGUCGAACCAGUUCAAGGCGUUCUGGAUAUGCUUUUGCACACCAGCAUGGCUAUGGAGAUCUAAUCACAUCAGGGCGAAAUAUGAGAAACAGGCAUUCCAGUGCAUCAGUGACAAAGUUCCCCAACUCAAGUGUUGGAACCUAUGUAAAUGUCAGACAGAAUAUUCCAAUGUCUCUACCACUAAAUGAAAUUGCCUCCUUCUCAGGUUCAGAGAAUUCCUAAUAUACAUGACUUGCCACAAGCAGUGUGGUUACUGCAGAACUGAAAGGACUGGGUACCAGAUUAGUAAGGGAAAAUUAAAAAAAUGUCUUUCUUACUUAAGACUGGAUGUCAUAUCUCUUCCUCUACGGGCUGUGUAAUUUUGUAUUCCUUGGAGCACAUUCUCAGAUGGCAUUACAAAGAUGAGCACUGGGAUACAGUGAAUGGGUCCAUGCACUUAAAGCCAUAUAAUAACCUAACCAUUGGCAAUAGCAGACUACCUCUAUUAUAAUGUUGGGACUCUCUUUUAUAAUGGUUGUAAACUGAUGUAAACCACAGUAAGAUUGUUGUUUUUAAGCAGUACCCCCAUUACUAUACAUAUUGUUUCAAUGUCCUAUAAAAUGUUAUCACUAAUUUGAACCUAUGAUACUAACACCUCCAUAAAAUUCUACCCUCCAUUAAUUGCACCACCAGUCUAAAAAUUGCAUAUAUAGUACAUAUGAACACAAACAACUAUCUCAUUAUUGCAAAACAGAAAAUUUACCAUGCUAAAUGUAUUACUAUUAAAAAAAAACAUACUGCAAAAUUCUGCAGAUAAGCAACGAUAACAGAUUUCCCAGAACAGAGAAAGGCACACAUUUUUUUCUAUGCUGUUUAAUUUUUCAGAAUUAUCACUACACAACAACAUAAUUGUAAACAUUAGAAUUCUGAAGUAUAAGCCGUACCAUAUAUGUCUUAACAGUGAUACAAAAAUGAUUUUAACAUUUCUGUGGUAUGCGUCUUUAUGCAUACAAUGAUGAAUCUGUAAAUCCUUCCUUUGUCAGCUGUAAUAAGUAGCCCAGCUGGUUAAAGGGACUAUUUAUGGAUACUGGAAACCCAGUACUGUACACACACUGGUGCAUAUUUCAAGCUACUCGACUGAGGUAGAUACUUGUUAUAUUGUCAUGUUAUGACUGAUUGACCCAGGAAUGUAAAAAAUGUAAAUGCUUAUGCAUUAUAAAUUAGAAUUUUUUUUUUGUCAAAGGGUGAACUUAAUGUUUGUGACAUUUCAGCUGACAUUUGUGUUCUACAGGAAAAGGAAACUAUAAACUACUUGCAUCAACUCAGAAAAAAAAAUAAAAUUGUUUUCCUAUUUAACAGUUUAUGACUAGGUUUCUGUUAGCAUUCCAUUCUGCCCAUGUUUUGACAGGAGGUGUAACCUGCCUCUGAUGCCAGGAGGUGGAGCUGAGAGAACCUACUACUAAUAUGAGUUACGUUCUUCCAUAAUAAGUGCUAAAGUUUUUUCUGUACAUUUUAAUUACUGUAGUGAUUUACCAAGAUAUAAUAAUCAGUGCAUUUGACUUUGUAUCCCCUCCUACACAUAUUCAUUAAAGCAUGUCAUUGUAUUGAUAGCUUCCCUCCCAUGGAUUUGUCAUGAUUCUGUUUUCAGUUAUUGUAGCUGUUGAUGAUCCCUUAGGAUGCAGAUUUAACUCCCCUCACCAGUGUUUUCUCAAUCACGUGCUACAGCUCAGAAUGGUAAAAUCUUAGUUAUUAAGUAGAAUGUCCUAGAUUGCAAGGACUUCUUCGAGGAACAUUAACAUCGACUUAGGGGCAUCACGGCUCCAUUUGUACCUCCCCCCAUCUAUUUUCAAAUAAUAAUUGCAUAUGUUGUUUUUCUGUAGACUCUAAGUGAUUGUAUACAAUGAGACACCCAGCUGAACUGCAUUUGAUUACCUUAUACAAUCUGCUAAAAGUCUUGCAGUAUGCUUCAGGUGUGUGGGAUAUUUCCUGGCAAAUAAAAACUAAAUAAAAUAAUGGCAUAGUAAUACAAUACGUUUUAUGUUUUAGCAACUAGGCUGCUGCAACAAUACCAAUACCAACCCACACUGUAGAAUAAGUACAUUGCAAAAUGAACUUAGAUGACAUCAUAGACUAAACUGACUCCUCAUCCUUUUUUCCCGUGAAAAGCAGGGAUACCUAGUAGCCUAGCUUAUGAUUGAUGUUAAUGUGAAAGCUUGAUUUUAGUUCAGUCACAGACAGAGCAUUGAGAAUAAGUUUAUACACAGAGCAUGUGACCCUUGGUCCACAUAGCAUGCACUUAGUUAAAGUCUGAAAGAGAAACUUAGCAUAACAAAUUUAACAGACAAAUGCUACUGUAGGCAGACAAAUGCUAUUGUAGACACUCCCAGCUGGCCUCUCUCUAUAAAGACUGUUGUAUAGUAUUUCUUCUGGCUAUGCUCAGAAGUUCUCAGAAAACAGCAAGGUAGCUCGGAUUACAGAAUUUCUUUUGCUUACUUUAGGGAUUUAUACAGUUAUUUUAUGUUGGUCUGUAUAAUAUUAAGGAGGAAAGGGGGUUUAGACCAUCUCCCUUAUGAGGUGACAUUGCCCAGGAGAACUGCAGCCCUUAUGACUCCAUCAUUGCCAUCACAAAUAUCCACACAAAUAAGAAGAAAACUAAUUGCCAAAAAGGAGCCAGUGAGUUAUCUCACUGGGUACUGUGAAAAACACAAAACAGAGAGCUGACCCAUUUACUGUGGGACAGCACUCUAUGUAAAAAAGAUAAGAGCUUAUAAAUGUUUUUUUUUUUUUAUUACAACUUUUACCUCUCACAUUACUAGCAAAGUGACUUGAUGUUCAUGAAGCAGAGCUUUCCUACAGUUACUAGUUACUAAAGAUCCACAUCAAACAAUCUUAUUCAAACAUACACAUUUAUGCUUAUAUGUAAUACAGUAGAAGAAACUUGAUAGUUUAUGUCAUGUGCCUGAAUGUUGUGCAUGACACUACAGCUGCUAUUCCUCAUCCAGUACCCCCUACCCAUUUUUAUUUAUCCCAUACCAUUUUAAAAUAUUCAGCAGUCUUGUUAUGUUCCACAAGUCCAGGAGUCCAUUCCAUUUCUCCAUCACUCUCUCAGUGAAAUAUUACUUUCUGUCAGUCACUCUAAAGCUGGACUCUACACUUUGAAUUUUAUCAUCUUUCUUUUUCCUUCAGUCCUAUCCUUCAUCUUCACAUCAGCCCACUCAUAAUUCCUGUUAAUGAAGUUAUGGAACCAGAGCCUCCUUUCCCUUCUGUUGUCCAGAUAGAACAGACCAGCCUGUCUAGUGUCUCUGUAACUAGUAUUUUUUAUGUUUUACAAUUUUGUUGACCUUCCUAUACACUUUAUUUAUAACAUUUGUAUAUUUUUCACUACAAAGUCUCAAAACUUAGGUAGAAUAUUCCAAAUGAAAGGCAUUAGUGGCCUAGAGAACAAGACUAUUGCCUCAUUGCCCCUAUAAUCUAUACCCCUGGAGAUGAAUCCCAAUUUCCUGCUUGGCUUAGCUGUUACCUUUUCACUCUGUUCCUGGUGUAUCACUGCUUCAUUUGUAUUCUGUGAUAAUUGUGGUCCCUUUGCCAUUUCCUCUUUAUUUUUGUGAAACACUGUUCCAACCAUCUUAAAACUUUCUGACUAGUAUUCUUGUCAUAUUGGUCCUAAAAAAUAAGAGACAGAAAUUAAAGCUAAUGUAACACAUUUGCUGAAUGAAUGUAGCCAUCACAAAGUAAAUGUCAGUUUUGAUACGUUGAAACACAGUUAAUGAAAAACCUCUCUGCAACCAAAAAACUUAAGUAUUGAAAUACUGCAAGUUUUUCACACUGAGGAAGGUUUUUAUCUGAAAGCUUUGUGCACAUUAAAAGUUUUUAUAGCACUUCCAAAGUCUGUUAUUUUGUUUGUUGCUUUUUGCUGUGAUUUUACGUGACUCUGUUUCACAGUGGUCUUGAUCCUGUUUUUUGUACUAAGUUUUUACCUAAGGCCAGUUAAAGGUAUUGUUUGUUGUGCAACUCAGAAAUCAUUCACCUAUUCUACAGUGCAUCUAGCAAUGUCUAAAGGACUCAUUCUCAGGGAAUGCAGACGGCUUUGCAUAAAUUACACUAUCUACAUAACUAUAAUAUACAAUAAAGCUACUAAGAUGUCCCACCAUUUUGUUCUCCAUUACUAGUUUAAGAGACGUUUGCUGCUCUUAUUUGUCUCAGAAACCCUGACACUAUAUUAAUUUAUUUAUCACUAAAGCUAUAGACUCCAUGAUAUGAGUUUGCAAAUGUUGUUUUUAACUUGAUGGAUAUUUAAAAUAUUCUGAAUUAUGUGAAUUGUUAAGGGUUUAUGCUCGUGUUUCAUAUCACACAGUCAUUUGUUGUUGAUGUUACUCCGUAACCAAACCUUGCUGUAUAUUUAUCCCCUUUUAGUUUAAAAUCAAAUGUAGUCAUACCUUUCAAUUCCUUACAGCAAGAAGUAUAGACAAAGCAAAAAUAAUGUCAGGGACAAAAAUCCAAAAUCAAGGAUAAAUUUUAAAUAUUCCUCUAAUAGUUUGAAAUUUGAUAUAAUAGCAGGUUUUGCAUAACAUGCAUUUCAAAAGGAUGUGAAAUCUGAAACUCAAAUGCCUGUCAUUUUUUAGUGACUUCAGUCUGCAAUAAUUCUUCAUAAAACUACAUUUUUAUGAGGAACAGACUAAAAAUAUGAAACAAAAAUCCGUACUUUCUGUGAAAUACUGGAAAGUUGAAAGUUAUGAUGUGGUCACAUGCCAAAUUCAAUUUAGUUUGAGGAAGUGACAGUUUAAUAAGAACGUGCCAUUGUUUAAAUAUAACAAUUUCAUCUUUAUAAUGCAUUGAAUUCAGAAGCAGUGCUGUCUGUAUGACCAAUUACAAAGGGUAGCAUGCAUGUUACAGAACCUCUGGCUGUUUUGACCAUCCCAUGGGUACCUUAUAGCGAUUACAGACGCAGAAUAUUUUAAGUGCCUUAAACAUCUGCAAUCAGCCUAUCUUUGAAACAUAGGCAAAGGUCUGCUUUUAUAAUGACAAGAAAAAGUGGUUCAGCCUUAGAAGGUCAGUUUAGUCAACAAUGGAUUUUUUUUUACAUUCCUGCCCAUUCAGUACAUAUAUGAUGUAUGUUUGCUGUAUUCUUGGCUUCACUUUCUCGAUUUAUUUCACAGAUGUUUGCAGGUUAUUCUGCAUUCAUGGAUAUGUACACAGCACAAUAAACACUAAGAUUCAGUGUAUUCAUUCCCUGAAUGGCAAAGGGGUGGAGUCAAGCAUUCCAUACAUCUGAAGUAGUUUAAUAUUUAAGUUAUGUGACAUCCUUUUGUGGCUCAGUGCUCAAACUCUACCAUGCACAUUAAACUCUUGAAACACGUGCUAAAUGCAGCACUUAAACUGACUGAUGUUCAGUGUGACACUGUACUAACUGUUCUGUGAAUGGCAGCAUGAGUUAAUGUUUUUUAUUCAUGUGUUCUUUUCUUAUUCCUGAAACUCUGCAUAUGUGCUAAAACUAAAAGAGAAAGUUAUGAGUUCCAUCACAUCAGCCAGUUGUUAAUCACUGCCAUAAAAGCAUCAGGUCUGAAGGCAGACAAAUCCAGCCUGAUCUCCCUUUUCCAUUACUGCUGUUACCACCAUGACCGUCUGAGUAGAAUGCAUAGCUACAGAUUAAACCCAUGGCUUUGCACCUAGUUACACUUUCUAUACACAUACAUACACACAGACACUCUUACACCUCUCUUGAUGUGAAUAAUUACUCCUUCAUGUACAUCCUUCGGCUUUCUAUUAUAAUACCCUUGUCAUUCAUUCUGAGCUGUUUGGAAAAAUGGCUAUAAUCUGAAUGGUAUUUUAUUCUUUCCUCCUCUUUAGAAAAAUAAUAAAUUGUGGUGUAUCAGUGUUUCCUCACAGGGCUUUUGCUGUAAAUUGAUUGUAUAAUAUUUAGCCUGACCUUUGUAGGGCCAGCUCCAGGAAAAUUGCAUCCUGACAGAAAUAACGUCUCGACAUAUUUCUCUAGCAGAUGCUGCCUCCUUCAGUAAUUUAUAAAGGUGAGUCUAUUGUUCCUUCCCCUAGUGUUCCUUUUCCUAAAUUUCCCCCCAAACCUCCUUCCUGUGUUCCCUUAAAUUCCAGUAGCAUUCACAGCAAAUUCUCAUACUGUAAAGUAAAUAUGACAAUACCUACCUUCAUUUGUUUACAGUCCAAGCCUUUCUUAACUCAUUGUGAAUUAUGGUUAAAUUUCCUUUUAUGUCAUUUUGAACAUUUAGCUAUGAAGUCCUACUGCCAUAUCAUUGAAGACUUAUUUUACUCUUAUAAACUCUUUUUCUUUUCACAGCGCCCUGAUGAGUAUUGUGUUGCUGGAAUGAAUGGUAUUCUCUUUGACAAAGAAAUCAUUUCCAUUUAAUCCAUAUUUAGCACUACAGACAACAAAGAGGACCAGUGUCAGAACAGAUCUAUUUGACAUAUUCUUGCUACUGUCUUUUGCUCUUAGUAAGAACUGAUUUAUCAUCAUUCACUUCAUCAUUGUUAACCAGUUUUAUGCCCAUCUCUGAUGACAUUUUCUUUACCUACUCUACCCAGCUUUCCUGUUACUUAUUUGUACAGCACAAAACUACAUCUGGCUUUCAAAGUCAAAGUACUACAGAAAGGAAGAUGUAAUGCUGAGACAGAUGUGAGACAAACAAGAUAAAUGCAAACAACCAGUCAUUUAUACUGUCAGGUGUGGAAAGUCAACAUAGGCAGAUGCUUUCAAAGAAAAUAUACUUAAUAAAUCCAGUAUGAAUUCUUAGUUGAAAGGAACACAAAUCAUAUUUAAAAAAAUCUGAUGGGUUUCUUAGUAGUACUAUCCAAGGAAACAGGGCAUGAUGAUGUCUCAGGCCUACUUGACAAUAUUUGCCAGCGCCUGAAUUAUGUUUCCAAAUCGUUGAAUACGGUAUUGUAUAUAUGAAGUGUCUCAAUGCUGUUCUGUAUUUUGCUAAUUGUAUCUCAAAUUGUUGUCAGCAGUCAGUUACUGUUUUGUCUAAAUUACUGUCAAUAAAUUUUUUUGUGGAAAAGUAA